AGUGUGUAAAAAAACAAGAAACAAACAGACAAACAAACAAAAAUGUCUGAAAUGAACCUCGAAUCCUACCCCCCUGUGUUUCGCCGGCAAAACACAAACCCUGAAGCUCAAGCUCAAGCUCAAAUCUCUUGCCUUGAUGAUAACGCCAAAGAAUUGAAUCAAGAAUUUGAUCCCAUCCCUGUUGUAGAUCUCCAGUGUCUCAACCUAGACGAGCUUGUAGAGGCUUGUAAACAGUGGGGCCUGUUUCGUUUGGUCAACCAUGGGGUUCCUUUAACCCUUGUGAGCCAACUUGAAGAUCAUUCCAAGAAGCUUUUCUCUCUAUCAUUUGAAUCCAAACAAGCACUGGUGGCCAGUAGCCCAGUGUCCUACUUCUGGGGUACCCCUGCCCUUACCCCAUCUGGGGAUUCCCUGUCAAGAAGCCCCCAGAAUAUCAACUGGGUCGAAGGUUUCAAUGUUCCUCUCAAUCAACUCUCUCAGUUUGAAGCUGAAGAUCCCACGUUUGAUUCUUUCAGACUUCUGUUGGAAGAAUAUGGAAGGCACUUGGCUGGACUUGCUACCACCAUAUUCCAAGCAAUGGCCAAAGCUCUCAAUCUAAGUCCUGACCAAUCCAAGGCUUAUCUCUCAGAAUCCACAGGAUUCAUACGUGUGUAUCGAUACCCUCAGUGCUCAAUGGCUGAUGAGACAUGGGGCAUGGAAGCUCACACAGACAGCUCAGUUCUUUCAAUAUUGAACCAGGAUCUUGGUGGGUUUGAACUUCUCAAGGAUGAUAAGUGGCUCCAGGUUCAGCUCAUUCCUGAUACGUUGAUUCUAAACCUUGGAGAUAUGAUGCAGGCAAUAAGUGACGAUGAAUAUAAGAGUGUUAAACACAGAGUGAAGCCGAACAAACAUGGAGAGAGAUACUCAAUCUGCUACUUCGUUUUCCCCGCUGAAGGAAGUGUGAUACAGAGUUCAAAGUACAAGCCUUUCACUUACAGUGACUUCCAGGCUCAAGUUCAGCAAGACAUAAAGACCUUGGGGUCUAAGAUUGGGCUUGACAGGUUCAGGUUCAACCAGACUGAGGCUGACGAUCCUGCAAGCUGAGACAACCAACGGAGAAGAUGAACAAUCUCGUAUGAUCCUUCUUGUUGUAGUAAUAGCAGAUAAUGGAGAAGUGGGCUUCAAUGGAGUUUGGUGCCUGUGUGCAUGAAUGUGUGGGCAAUAAGCUGCCUUCUUUUUAAUUGCUUUUUCUUUUUUUUUUUUUUUAUUUAACAAGCCAAGUUCCAAUAGCCAAUGCUAAUGUA